UUUUUAUUUUUUUUUCUCUGCUUCAACUUACAAAGAAACAUAGGAAAUAGAGAUGGAGGAAGAAGAACAAAGAGCUCCUCCUCUCAGUCUCCAUCUUCUCUACCCCCAUACACUCUCUCUUUCAGAGAGAAGAUAGUUCUCUUCUCCCCAUUUUCCAUUUUAUUCUUUGUAGGGAAAACAAGUUUUCUCCUUUGUUUUUUCGGUGGGCUUCUUUUUAGUUUUUUUGUUCUGCUCCGAGGAGGAGGAAGGUGAGAGGCUGCCUGCGCUUCUUUUGGUUCUCCGCUUCCCCCUCGAUAUUUUUAACUACAAGUGGAAAUCGGCAGCAGAUCUGCGAGAGCUCUUACAUUUUCUUGAGCUGGGUAUAACUGGGUUGGAUUGGGCCGUUUCCCAUAUGAAAUCUGAUGGAAAGUCGAAGAAGAAAGGAGCAGCAGCCGUUUGAUUCUGUCAUAUGGGGAGUCUUAAAUAUUGGAAUCAUUUUCCAUUAAUCAUGUAGCUCAUUUUCAUUCGAAGAAGGAUUUGUACUCGAGAUCUCUGAUUACGUUGCAAGAAUCUAGGCGUCCCCUGGAAGCCAUGAGUCACUUGACUGUCGUGACUGAGGAUACUUUUGUGAGUUUGCUUGAGCUCGCUGCUAAUAAUGAUAUUGAAGGCUUCAAGCGGUUCAUCGAGCGUGACCCUUCCAGCAUUGAUGAGGUUGGGUUGUGGUAUGGUCGACAGAAGGGGUCGAAGCAGAUGGUGAACGAGCAGCGGACUCCAUUAAUGGUUGCUGCAACUUAUGGAAGUGUCGAAGUGAUGAAACUGAUCCUCUCCGUAUCAGACUGCGAUGUCAAUCGAUCCUGCGGCCUGGACAAGAGCACUGCUCUCCAUUGUGCUGCCUCAGGUGGAGCCGUGAAUGCCAUUGAGGCGGUGAAACUGCUCUUAGCUGCAGGUGCAGACCCCAACUUGACAGAUGCAAGUGGCCAUCGCCCGGUGGAUGUUAUUGUUGUCCCCCCAAAGCUACACCAGAUAAAGUUUGCCCUCGAAGAGCUCCUUUCAGUUGAGGGCUCCAUUGGGGAACGAAACCUGAGGAUAUCAGUGGCCACUUCCAAUUCGAACUCACCCCCGCUCUCUUCCUCUCCUGAGAACGGGUCCCCUGCUUCAGCUACUGGUACUUCUCCAAUGAAGUCCAAGUUGAAUGAUUUCCCGGCUCCCUUGGUGUCAGAAAAGAAAGAAUAUCCCAUUGACCCAUCUCUUCCUGAUAUCAAGAACAGCAUUUUCUCAACCGACGAGUUCAGGAUGUACUCUUUCAAAGUCCGGCCCUGUUCCCGGGCUUACUCACAUGACUGGACCGAGUGUCCGUUUGUCCACCCUGGUGAGAACGCCCGUAGGCGGGACCCAAGGAAAUUCCACUACAGCUGUGUCCCGUGUCCUGACUUCAGGAAGGGGGCAUGCAGGCGGGGGGAUAUGUGUGAGUAUGCCCAUGGAGUCUUUGAGUGCUGGCUGCAUCCCGCCCAGUACAGGACCAGGCUGUGCAAGGAUGGGACGAGCUGUGCGAGGAGAGUUUGCUUCUUUGCUCACACAGAGCAGGAGCUUCGGCCUCUGUAUGUAUCAACUGGUUCGGCCGUGCCUUCUCCCCGUUCGGCAGCAGCUUCCGGGGCUGCUGCUGCCGCUGCUAUGGACUUUGCUGCUGCGAUGAGCCUCUUACCAGGAUCUCCUUCUUCAGUCUCUGUCAUGUCUCCUUCUCCGUUCACUCCUCCGAUGUCCCCUUCUGCUGGUAACGGAAUGUCUCACUCUUCGGUCCCAUGGCCGCAGCAGAAUGUUCCAACCUUGCACCUUCCUGGCGGCAACCUCCAGUCCAGUCGCUUAAGAUCGUCCCUCAACGCGAGAGACAUCCCUGCGGAUGAGUUUGAUAUGAUGAAUGAUUAUGAUUUACAGCAGCAGCAACAGCAGCAGCAGCAGCAGCAGCUGUUGAAUGAGUUUUCAGUCCUCUCACAACCCUCAAUGGUGGCUAAUUCAUUGAAUCGAUCAGGGCGGCUGAAGACUCUGACCCCAUCGAACCUGGAUGAUCUCUUUUCUGCUGAGAGCUCAUCCCCCAGAUAUGCGGACCAGGCUUUGGCCUCUGCGGUUUUCUCGCCGACCCACAAGUCCGCAGUCAUAAACCAGUUUCAACAGCAGCAGCAGAGCAUGUUAUCUCCGAUCAACACAUCCUUCUCUCCCAAGAACAUGGAUCAUCCUCUUCUUCAGGCAUCCUUUGGUGUUCCAACUUCGGGGAGAAUGUCUCCUCGUAACAUGGAACCGAUCUCUCCUAUGGGCUCUCGGGUUUCCAUGCUAGCUCAGCGUGAGAAACAGCAGCAACAGUUUCGAAGCUUGAGCUCUCGUGAACUCGGAUCCAACUCCUCUGCUAUCGUGGGUUCCCCCGUGGGUUCUUGGUCCAAAUGGGGAAGCUCUAAUGGGAAGCCUGAUUGGGCCGUCAGUACGGAUGAGCUGGGCAAGCUGCGUAGGUCAAACUCAUUUGAACUCGGCAACAACGGCGGGGAGGAGCCUGAUCUCUCCUGGGUGCAGUCACUUGUUAAAGAAUCUCCGACUGACCUCAAGGAGAAGCUCUCAUCAUCUCACUGUGGGGUUCCACCUGCUACUGCUCCGUCCGGGGAGGUUCCGAACAUAAGCUCGCAGGCAGAGCCUGUUGACCAUGCGGUGCUAGGAGCGUGGCUCGAGCAGAUGCAGCUUGAUCAGCUCGUGACUCAGCAAAACUAGGACAGAAGGCUUCUCGCUGAACUGAAACAUUGAGGUAGUAGACAAGACAGACAGCCCUAAGGAUUUUGGUAAAUACUAUGACUUUUUGCUGGAGAAUUUUGUUGUUUGUGGGUUUUAAAGAAGGUGGCAUUAAGAACAAGGAGGUGGAAGGUGAAAGGGGGGGAAUUCGUUUUAACCAAUUUCAUUGUUUCGAUCGAUUACAACAGAAGUUAGAACAAAGAAGGAGGAUGGGAACGUCUCUGGGUUAUAAGCAGAAAUAGUCCCAGGCUAGGAAGAAGUUCAUUCCUUCUUUUCGGUUUUUCUUUUUCUUCCCAAAUAUCUUACAGUCUUAGGUACCCUAUUAUUCAUAAUUUUUUUUUCUUCGGCCUCUAUGAUAUUUUCAUGAAGAUGGAACUCUGAAAGCCUAUAUGUUCCUUCCGAUAUUUUGCUCCUUUCGAUUCAUUAACACCCUCGAGAAGAACUGAGAAGAGAAGGGUCAUCAGUGCCUUUUCGUUUUUCCUUUCUUUUUUAGUUUUCUGGGAAUGGAACAAGAAAGUGAGGGGGGCAGAUGUUUCCCCAUGUUUGUAGUAUGGAACCAAUAAUCUGUUCAAAUGAUGCCAGCAACUGCUGGGAGAAGUAGAGAAGAAGAAUGGAGAUGAUAUUGAUCCUUUUGCCAUGUAACAUUCCAUUACAGAUUACUCUUUCUUCAUAUAAUAAUUGCUUCAUUUGUUGUCUUUAA